UGAUACAUAAUUACAAGAUCAAACAUUUUUUUUUAUUGCUCGUUUGUUAAUUUAAAGCUAAUAAAAAUUUUUCAUUUCAUUUAGAACAAAUCAAUACAUAAACACUAAAAAAUUGUGAAUUCCGGGCGUGUAUUAUAUCAACUAUAGUCUGAUAACAAGAGUUUCAUAUGUUUUCUGAAAUAUAAAAAUUUAUUAAUAUAUUUAAACAUUAUUAAACUUCAAAUAAAACUAUAAUAUACAAUUUUUUAAUUUUAAUUGUCAAAGUUAUGAUAUCGUAAAAUUAUGUUAUUCCUUUUCUUUAAUUUUAUUUAGAUAGUAUUCUUAUUUCUUUGACUGAUGAUUGUUCAAUUAUAAUGUUUUAAUUAAUAUAAUUUAUCACUAGUAAAUAAAUAAGUAGUAGUAACUUAAGUUAAUUAUUUAAAGCAAGACUAAAUAAUUAACUAUGGCUUGGGGCUAUUGGAGUGCAUCAACUGUAUCUGACCGUGGUAAAUCACCAAAACGUCAAUCUUCAACUUUGGCUUAUUAUAACCACCAUAUACCAAUAUCAACACCAGCUCCACCAUCGACUUCAUAUUAUAUACACCAACCUUUACACAGCACAAGUAGCUUUGGAUCUAUAGAAGAUGAUGAUUAUCAUCAUGCAUCAAUAUUUUAUCGUCGACCAUCUCUUGGAAAUAUUGAGUUCACUGGACCUGGUUCUUUAUCAUUAUUAUUAAAUCAACAAGGAUCUGCUUCUCGGCCAAGAACCCCACCUUCUCAUAAUCUUUAUGGACCACUUACUUCACAUAGUUUACCUGAAGCAUAUAGUUCAAAAAUGGCGAGCCGUCAAAGUUUAAAUUUUUUUGGUUACCAAUCAAAUCCUAUUGUACAACAUUACCCAUGCAAUGUACAUGACCCUUCACCAUCACCUUCAAUAUCUGAUGAUGAAGAUCAUGUUUAUGCCACAGUUUUUCCUAAUGUGCCACCAGCACCUGGAAUGCCUUGUCAAGGAGAAGAUCGUAGCAUUUACCGAAGAGGUGCUAGGAGAUGGAGAAAACUUUAUCGAGUCAAUGGCCAUAUUUUUCAAGCUAAACGGUUUAAUAGGCGGGCAUUUUGUGCUUAUUGUCAUGAUCGUAUUUGGGGUCUGGGACGUCAAGGAUUUAAGUGUAUUCAAUGUAAACUGCUAAUUCAUAAAAAAUGUCAUAAACUUGGUAAAAAGACAUGUACCAAUGAUCCAAUAAUAAAUGAAGAUACAAAUGGAGACUCACAAACUACUCUAAGUACUCAAAGUUCUGAUACAGCUUUGCCAGAUCUAAAAGAUUACUCUGACCAAAAUUCUGUUAUAGAUCAAUCCGCUGAUUCUGUUCCUAUUGAAGAUCCUUUAGCUAAAGGGGAUGAUGAAGGAGUAUCACGUCAAUAUUCCAUUGCUGACUUUGAGCUAAUAAGAGUAAUUGGCCGUGGAAGUUAUGCAAAAGUAUUAAUGGUUGAACUUAAAAAAACUAAAUGUAUUUAUGCUAUGAAAGUUAUUAAAAAAGCACUUGUAACUGAUGAUGAGGACAUUGAUUGGGUGCAGACAGAAAAACAUGUUUUUGAAACAGCUUCUAACCAUCCAUUUUUAGUUGGAUUACAUUCAUGUUUUCAAACUGCUAGUAGAUUAUUUUUUGUAAUUGAGUUUGUCAGAGGUGGUGAUCUUAUGUUUCACAUGCAACGACAACGUCGAUUGCCAGAAGAACAUGCUAGAUUUUAUGCUGCAGAAAUUAGUUUGGCCCUAAAUUUUUUGCAUACAAAAGGUAUAAUAUACCGUGAUUUAAAGUUGGAUAAUGUAUUGCUUGAUCAUGAAGGGCAUAUUAAAUUAACUGAUUAUGGUAUGUGUAAGGAAGGAAUAAGAGCAGGUGACACUACAUGUACAUUCUGUGGUACUCCUAACUAUAUUGCUCCUGAAAUUUUAAGAGGAGAAGAUUAUGGUUUCAGUGUCGAUUGGUGGGCCUUGGGUGUUCUCUUAUAUGAAAUGUUAGCUGGAAGAAGUCCAUUUGAUAUAGCUGGAGCCUCUGAAAAUCCAGACCAAAAUACUGAAGAUUAUUUAUUCCAAGUUAUUCUGGAAAAAACUAUCCGUAUUCCAAGAUCACUCUCUGUAAAAGCAGCUUCAGUUUUAAAAGGAUUUUUAAAUAAAAAUCCUGUUGAUCGUCUAGGUUGCAACCGUGAAACAGGAUUUUAUGAUAUUAUAACUCACCCAUUUUUUAAAUCUAUAGAUUGGGAAAUGCUGGAACAAAAACAAGUUAGCCCACCUUAUAAGCCAAGACUAGAUUCUGACCGCGAUCUUGCAAACUUUCCACCAGAAUUUACAGAUGAGCCAGUUCACCUCACACCUGAUGACCUUCGUGUAAUUGAAAAAAUCGACCAGUCUGAAUUCGAAGGAUUCGAGUAUGUGAACCCUUUGCUGAUGUCACAAGAAGAUUGUGUUUGACACGAGGACGAGUGCGUCGAUGAUUUUUCGGCGCAUCAUCUCUUUCAGUAUCACCACGAAGCCGACUGCCCCUGCUCAACGACGAUUGAUUCACCCCCAGAUAACGGCGGCAGACCUCCAUCUAGGGGAUGGUUUUGCUUACCACUCCGAUAACAAAAUACACUUCAAUACAUUCAACUUAACACAUGCCAACGGAGACGUUGCAUAAAAGCUCAAGAUAUUAAAAAGUUACUUUUUUUUAUAUUUUUGCAUUUAUUUAUUAAGUUAUGGUUCCUUCUGUCUCACACUAUUAUCUAAAUAUAUUACAUAAAAUGUGUGUUCUUUAACCAAAAGCACCUGGUAUUACUUUUAUAAUAUUAAGUUGCUAACUAAAAUUAUCAAUAGAUAGAGUUUUCAAAUCUCUCUUAAUUUACGAUAGUGUACCAUCUCCAUUGCACUGUUUGACCAUUUCGAUAGAUUUAUUAAUUGAAAAAAAAAUUUAAAUAAAAGGUGUUAAUAUUUUUAACGUUAAAAGAUUACCUUCUAAAGAAUUAAAUUUAAUCCUUGUAAUUAUAAAUUAUUAUGUUUAUAAAAUAUCGGCUUAACAGUUCUCAAACGUGUGUUAGUUCUAUUUUUUCUACCAUCGGUCAAUGUUUAUUACUUAUACUUAAUUAUUAUUACCUAAUUUUUGAAUAAUGGAAAAGCAUAACUGGGGGUAAAAUUAUAAAUUAAAUUAUAUGAUUGAACAAAUCAGAAAAAUGGUAUUCUUGUAUACAUUUUACUCGUACGGUACAUAAUGUGUAAAUUUUCGUUCCAAAGUUCAAUAAAAAAAGAUAAAUAAAGAAUAACAUUCCUUUUAUAAUUUUCCAUUAAUUAAAAUAUAAAAACUAUAUUAUUAUUAUUAUUAUAAAAAUAAAAUUCACACUAAGUAUAAAAUUAUCUGGCACUUAAUAAUAAUUGUAAUAAAUAAAACGCAUGUGUUUUAUUCCGUAAUAACUUACUAGAUAUAAUUAUUUUUAUAUACAUAUAAUUACAAUCAACUAUUUUUCUUUUUUACUUUAUUCGUUUAUUAUUUUUAUGACAUUAGUAUUAAUAAUUAUACUUUAUAUUGAUCCUAAUCGCAGUGUGGUGUAUUUAUGUGAAAUCCUCAAAAUUGUACCAAACGUCCAGUUCUUGUUGCGAUAUUGUGUUCAAUAUUGAAUUAUGUACUUUCAAAAUUUUAUUAUAGAUUAAAAAUGUUAUCACAUUGAUAGGUAUGUACAAACUUGAUACAUACCAUAUCAUAUGAAAAGAAACUUGUUUAGUGUUGCGAAAUUGUAAUGGACAUUGUGAUUAUAUUACAGAAACCUAUUAAUGUUUAUUAUAUAUAGAGAGAGUAUUGUAUUAUUAACUAAAAUUAUCUAAGAUUAUUAUAAUGAAACAUAAAGUAUUGUAUUUAAAAGUUAUACUACAGCUAUUGAUGUAGUAUAAAUUUAUAUUAUAUAGAAAACUAUUAUUGAA